AUGUCUCUCCCCAAGGUUUUCUUCGAUGUCUCUGCUGAUGGUGCUCCUCUCGGUCGUAUCGUCAUGGAAUUGAGAUCUGAUGUCGUCCCCAAGACUGCUGAGAACUUCCGUGCUCUCUGUACUGGUGAGAAGGGUUUCGGUUACAAGGGUUGUUCUUUCCACCGUGUUAUCCCUGAUUUCAUGCUCCAAGGUGGUGAUUUCACCAACCACAACGGUACCGGUGGUAAGUCCAUCUAUGGUAACAAGUUCGCCGAUGAGAACUUCACUCUUAAGCACACUGGUCCCGGUGAUUUGUCCAUGGCUAACGCUGGUCCCAACACCAACGGUUCUCAAUUCUUCAUUACCACUAUCAAGACUACUUGGUUAGAUGGCAAGCACACCGUCUUCGGUAAGGUUAUUGAAGGUUUGGAUAUCGUCAAGAAGAUUGAAUCUUACGGUACUGGUUCUGGUCGUACCACCAAGAAGAUUAUCAUUGAUAACUGUGGUCAACUCUAA